AGCAAAGCUAGGUCGUCAGAGCGGAGAUGGGCUUAGCGGUGGUGAUCUUUUGCUAUUUUCUAGUCCUUCAGUUUCCGUCAUUUACUUCUCUUUCAAACAAUACCUCGGCUUCAGGUUACGGUCAUGGAAAUGAAAAGAAUAUCAGUAAUGCAUAUCAAGCUCAAAGUAUUAGCAACAUGAAGGAACUUUUGAAGGGUGAUUUAGUGCCGAUUACAAAUUACAGCCAACCCUUGGGCCCUAUCUAUGUUCUUCGUGGAGGUGGAGGUGGCCGUGGUGGAGAUGGUGGUCGUGGUGGAGGCAGUCAUGGUGGUACUAGAGGCAGUCGCGGUGGAUCUCCAUAUGGUUUUGGUUAUGGUGGAUCGUCAUGUCCAUAUGGUUAUGUUUAUCAUGGUGGUGUCUGUGGAUGGCCAUGUCCAUAUGCACUACACCAUAUUCAAGUUUUUGUAAUGAAAAGAAAGUGUUAG